UGUGAGAAUGCGAGAGGGACCGGCGCGGCCAAUAGAAUCGCUCGGGAUGCCCCCGCGCGCAACGUGGCCGCGCCGCCACGGAGCCUCCGACGCCCCGCGCGUCCGCACACGGACGGACGGACCCACCCCGCGCCGAUCGAGUGCGCAAUAGUUGCUCGCAAACACGCUUAAUGCGGCGGCGGCGCUUUUAAUCAAGAGGCAGCCAGGCAACACUUCGGAGAAUAAGAAGAAGGAGGAGGAGGAGCGAGAGGGCGACGAGCAGUGCUGCUCGGGUGUUGGUGGUGGUGGGUGGGGGGGUGAGGUCUGGGGGUUUGGGUUGCGGUGGGGGUUGGGUAAGCGUUGCUGGUCGCUGUCGGCGUUAAAAAGUUAAAAAGAAGAAACCGGACACGCAGCGAGGCGACGACGAUUAACCGACGACGUCGACUACGACGCAGUGAGGGGUGGGAGGAGGGGGUGGCGGGGGGGUGGCGUGUGGCAAUUAAAUGUCCUGCUUGACCCAGGUGCCGGCCGGGAGGGCGCCCCAGGGGCCCGUGGCACCGGCGCUGCUGCAGAGCCCCGUGGGGAUGGCGCAGGGCUUGGUGACGCUGGCGGGCGUCGCACCGGUUCCCGUGGCCGCCGCGUCGUCGUCGUCGGUGCCGGCCUUCAUCGCCGAGAUCUUCGGCGCCUCCCUGCCGACGGCGAGCGGCGCCGGCUCGCUGCUCGCCUUCAGCUCGGAGCAGGUGGCCGCGGCGUGCGAGGCGCUGCUCCGCGGAGGGGACAUGGAGCGCCUGGGCCGCUUCGUGCACUCCCUGCCCACGGCCGAUCUGCUGCGCAGCAGCGAGGUGGUGGUCAAGGCGAGGGCGCUGGUGGCCUUCCACUCGGGCCGCUUCCAGGAGCUCUACUCCAUCCUCGAGUCCCACCACUUCCAGCCGCACAGCCACGCGCUCAUGCAGGGACUGUGGUACCGCGCGCGCUACUCGGACGCCGAGCGGCUCCGGGGAAGAGCUCUCUGCGCCGUUGACAAGUACCGGCUGAGACGCAAGUUCCCGCUGCCCAGGACCAUCUGGGACGGCGAGGAGACGGUGUACUGCUUCAAGGAGAAGUCGCGGAACUUCCUCAAGGAUUGCUACAGGAGGACGAGGUACCCGGCGCCCGACGAGAAGAGGCGUCUGGCCAAGCUCACGGGGCUCUCCGUCGUCCAAGUGAGCAACUGGUUCAAGAACAGGCGGCAGAGAGAGCGCGGCCCGCAAGACGGAACUCACUUGAAAAGUGAAAACGACACCGACGAUGGCGAGCAAAGUGCGAAAGAGGAUCACGUGGACUUUCAGGAGCAGCACAUGCUCAACCUUUCACCUCCGACAGAGGCGGACGGCAACACCAUGUCGAACAACCAAGAGGUCGAGUCCCUUCUGGAAGAAGUCUUCUCCUCCGACUCCUCGUUCAGCAAUCAGAUGACUCCACUGCUGUCGCCGUGCAUGUCGGACCACGAUCCCAUUGACCCUUUGGACGACAGCCCCUUUCCAGACAUGGAGAGCGGCGCCGGUCCCGUCGGAGACGCGAACCCGAGCGAGCGCGACGCCGCCGUCGCGAGCGCCGUCGCCCAAACGCACGGCGCCGCCGCCACCGCCACGACCGGCAAGAGCGGCCGUCUGGCCGGUCACGGCGCCGCUGGUGCCGCUGGUGCCGCCAACCCGACCCUUCGCUUCAAAACCGCUUGCGCGGACAGCAACGCCACCUUCUUCAGCACGGCCCAGGUCGGAGGCGGAGUCGCCUUUCAGCCUGUGACGACGCAGUUCACGUCACAGACCGUGACUCCGGUGGCCUCCUUGCUGCCGAUGAGUGCCGCUGGCCCCAUGUAUCUGCCCCCGCUGCAGGUGACCGGUGCCACCCAUCACCAGCCCGUGCAGUUCGUGCCCUACAGCCCCGUCCAGAUGGCGUACCCCGCCGUGGGGAAUGGAGGCGCCAUGCCAGUCAUCGGCGGCAUGGGGCUGCCGACAAUUCAGCUGCCUUCAAUAUCGCCAUUACAGACGGCAGCAGGGAACAUCCUGGUGUCGAAUACGCUCGCUGGUGGCGACCUGUUAAAUGGAAACACCGUGGCCACGAGCACCACAGGCAUCCUCAUCACCAACGCUCUUGCACCAGGCACGAUGCUCUGCUCCAUGCCUCACGUGAGCCUAAUGACGGUCAUCACUCAAGACGGGAGCCUAGCCCUGACACCUGUGUUUAACAUUCCCGGUGGAAUAUAUUCGGAUGGCAUCUCAACCUCGAACAUUAUUCCGUGCGCUGGAAACUACCUUGCGUUGACUAAUAAUAACAUAUCUCCCCUGAUGAUCCAGGGAAUUCCUGGCAACGGGAUCGUAGGAAUGGGUGGCUUGGCUCCGAGUCUGCCAACGGUCAGCCAAACGGCGGAUGCCAUUGCGGGUCAGAUGGGCAGCGCCACGCUUUUUUCCAGGACGGUCAGCACCGCGCUGAUGCCAACGACGCUAAACACCAACGCGUUAGCGAUGCAGCAGACGUAUUUGUACAAUCACGCCGGAGGGUUAGACAGCGCAGCCGUGCAAGUGGUGUACGCCGAGGCUCCGCCCGUGUACACCCCCAUGCCCGUCGGAGCGCCGGCAGAAUCGGCGGUUUACAAAUCGGCGAACGAGGCGAUUUCGGCCAUCGCGGAUUGCUGCUACGAAGACCUCAACACGAGCAGCAGCGACUCGACGGACAACAAGUCGGAGGCGGACAGCCUGCUCGGCUCUCCGCUCGACCUCUCCGGGAGCAUGGGCGCCGUCGGCAACGCGGAGAAUGAGGGCAAGGAGGAGGGGUCCGAGAUGACCGCGGACAGUCACGACGACUUUGUUCAUGGCCUGCUUCCCAAGAUGACCAGUGCCCCCGACGAUGACAAUUUCUACGAUUUUGAUGAUUUUUAAUCGGGUUGCGCCGAAUAGCACUCUUUACCGUUUGGCUGAAUAAUUAAAACCGAAACACAUAUUCAUCCAAAUUUCAAUUUAAAGCUGAAUAGUGAAGGCCACCAAACUCACGUAAUUAUCUGACCCAACUCAAUGUGCGCUCACACCUGACUCACCUCCCCUCACCUCCAUCACUUCUCUCUCCCACCUAACUCACAUCCAUUCUUUGAUUUAAGGCUUUCGUGACUACAGGGAUUCAUAUGCUUGAUUCUUUCGGUAAAGGCACAUAGAAGGGAAAUAAAAAAAUAAUAAGAAAUAUUAAUUUUAAAUAAGUAACAAAUUAUUGCUUUAUAUUUUUAUUAUUUUAUUAUUUCCCUUCUACGUGACUUUACCGAAAGAACCAAGAAUAUCGCAUCAUUCUCUUACUCAACUCAAUGUGCGCUCUCACCUAACUCACCUCCCCUCACCUCCAUCACUUGCCUCUCCCACCGUACUCACUACGCUCUCACCUUACUCACUCCCCCUCUUAAAUCUCUCAAAUCCCUUUCUCGCCCAACUCACAUCCCCCUCUCACUGCCCUCUCACUUCUCUCGCCUAAUUCUCUUUCCCCUCUCUCGCCGAACUCACUGCGCUCCCUCACCACGCAUCUCCGUCUCAAAGCGCGUACCAAUGUGGAGCGUCGCACACGCAUCUCUACAGAAGUUGGCAGAGCGACACUCUCACACACCAUGCUGUUAUUGGUGAACGAAGUGGCUGUGAGCGGUCACAAAAUAUAUUUUUUUAAACGAUUGGAAAAUCGAGGGUGCUAUUAUGCAACUUUUCGGCCCAAUCAGAAUAGCUGAAAGAUAGCCGCUGUUUGGACAAAAUUCUGAAGUUAAUAGAAUAUUUCAGCGCAUCCAUAUUUUGUAUGAUUAUUAACUAUAUCUUUACGUCUAUUCAAACCAAAUAAGCUACCUAUGUUGCUUACCAAUAUAAAUAGUUUUAUUUGAAGCAAUGUAAACAUCUGCUCGAAUUUUUUUUUAUUAUUAUUAUUAUUAUGCGGUGCAUUAUCGUAUUAGCAUGUUAUUUCAAGUAUAUCAAGCUUUUGCAAAACCAAAGCUUCGAACAAACCUCUCUGCCAAGACGGUUCAUGCCUUGCCUCAGUAGAAGAUGAUUCUAGCCUCAGCCGAAGUGGCAAAACCACAACUCUUUGGUGCUUAUGCUAUUUCAAAGAUCAUCCUAGGAGGCUCAUGAGGGAUUGUGAAGGCUCGCCCCAAUUCUGCACACGGGCAAGAUACGAUGCAGAUUCUGUGGCCUACUUGACAAGAGCCCAGAACAUGUCAAAACCCUGGGUUGGUGUAAGCCUGCUUGGCAACAGCUGCUGGUAAUGGUACUAAGAGGUCGUCAUAGACUUCGAAUAGCUAAGUUUGCCACCUAUCCUGGAAUUGUCAUCUGUGGUAGAUCUGAUGGUGUAAUUGUUUUGAAUUUAAUUACAGUACACUGCACCGUUUUAAUAGACCUAGGCUGGCUCAGAAAUAUGUCCGGGUUUGGAUUUUAGAUAUAGGUCACAUUCCUAGGGAUAAGUGACCAUCUUUUAUAGUCUUUAUAUCAGUAUUGGACUGAAAUGUCCCAACGUUUUUGCACAUUUCAGCUGAAGGUGUAUGUUAUUGCAUGUUUGUUUGAAGAUGGGCACAAAGAGAUGCAUUUUGAAAGGUGAUUAAUAGACUUGAAGGGCAGUUUAAACUUUUCUUUAAACAACAUUAGUCUCCAAUGCCCACCUUGACAGGAGUACGUAUUGGCAGGGACACACACCACUCUGGAAGCUGUAGGUGUCUCCAUAUUCACACGGGGUUGGGAUGUGGCACAACACUUCGGACAGAAAUCACGGUAGUUUUUUAAUCUGCGAAUUUCUCCAUUCAACAGGGUGAAUUAUGCGGAUCGUUUUUUUUUAUUUUGACCGAUGAAAACCAAGCACCACUCACUAAUUGGGACUCCCCUAGCUACCCUACCCCCGUGCGGCUCGUGUGGAUGGGAAUACGAAAGGAUUUUGACAGCAGCAUGAGUCCAUAGGCCACAGCAAAAAACGGGUACCACGGCACUUACCAAAACUUUACUGGUUUCAAGUUUCAUUGAUUAGGUAUAGCCCUGUGAGCCAUUCGGCUCUUGAAUCGGGUGCAACCGCAACAAAAAAAAAACAAAAACAUGAACAAGAAAACAUCUUAAAGUGACUAUGUGCAAACAGAAAAUCCAAGAAAAGACAGCAAAAUAUUGAAUAAAAAGCACCGUACACCAACGCUGUGUGCAAAAAUCCCAGUGGGAUGCAAGUCAAACAACCACAAGACAACUUAGAUUAAGGCCAUCAGUCUAACUCUGUACUACAACAAACAAACAUGGCCAAACCGAAAAACUUUUCAAAAAUCACCAAAAUAAAGCCAUAAAAGCAAUGAAACAGUGAUCAUAGGAUCACUGGUGCUGACAUGUACAUGGCCAACGAGAAGUCUAUCAUUUGACAACCCCGCUCAUAUCAAAUGGUUAUGGCUGUUGUGGGCCACAUCAAAAAAAUUGGAACCAAUCGAGCAAUGCCACCUCAGGUGGUGGCGAGAAGUGACGUUUCUGGUUUGGGCUCAUGUGACAAGUUGUCGCACGGCAUGCUUUUGCGUACCGAUCGAGAUACUUAUACCCAGGUGUGUGGCUUCCCUUUAACAUUCUUCACUAGGCAUUAUCAGCAUUCAUCUCACGAAUAACAUUCUUUGGUUCUUUCGGUAAAGUCACGUAGGUAGAAAAUAAUAGAUCACGACGUUCGGAUCGCAACACAAGCAACCGUCAUCAGGUGAGAUCAACACAGCCGGGGAACUGCUGACGAAGGAGCUGACUAAGGAGCAGUUUCCCUGCUGCGUCGAUCUCAC